ACAUCAAGGGGUGUGAAUACUUUGAGGGCACGGUAGUUGUUUCACUAACUCACCUGACUACUGUGCAAGCUGUUGUCAACCAUCACAACACACACCCACACACAGUCACACAUAUACCUGACUAGCUGGAAGUACCUUCUUUGGCAGUGGUGACAGCAGCUUUGUACGACAGUCUUUGUAGGACAGUCACAAACUUAUUUCAUUCUUUCAACUCCAUUGCAGAAGAAAGAUAUACGGGCUUCUGGUAGGAGAAAAUGAUGGCUGAGGCGGGAGUCCUGGAGAUGUUUUCGGAGCAGGAGCUGACCUGCUCCAUCUGCUUAGACCUGUUCAACGACCCAGUGUCGACGCCCUGCGGACACAACUUUUGCCAGGGUUGCAUCGGAGGCUACUGGGCCUCCAGCACCACCUGCACCUGCCCGCUCUGCAAGCAUGAGUUCCCCGAGCGGCCUCAGCUCAACAUCAACCGAGUCUUCGCCCAUAUUGCUGAGAAAUACAAAGAAGCUCACUACGGCACAGGAAAGCUGCACAUGUCGGACGUGAAGACACCGGGAGCCAUGGCCAACAGCAACCCAUUCCUGGAGGAGAUGAUCAAAUGUGAUGUGUGUACAGGGAAAAAACAAGAUGCGGUCAGCUCGUGUUUGACCUGCACGGCAUCCUACUGCGAGGCCCAUGUGCAGCCUCACCUGAACACGCCCUUCUAUGCCAACCACCAGCUCCUGGAGCCCCGGGAAGCGCUUCGCGGCCGCACCUGCCCACUGCACCACCGGCUUCUGGAGGUGUACUGCCGCACGGACCAGAUCUGUAUCUGUGCCAUCUGUGUGCUGGAGGAGCACCGCACACACCGCACCGUGUCCGUGCAGACAGAGCGAGUCAACAAACAGAAACUCAUUGGAAAGACGGAACUGGAGAUUCAGAACCGGAUUGAGGGGAAGCACCUCCGUCUGAAUGAGCUCAAGAGCCGACUGGAGACCGUCAGGAACUAUGCACGGGGUGAGCUGUCGCAGGUGGAGCAGUUGCUGGGGGAGCUGAGUCGCUCAGUGGACAGGAUCCGUGAAGAGCUGGUGGGCGGGAUGGAGGAGAAGCGGGCGUCAGUGGAAACACGGGGGGAGGGGCUAGUGACCCGUUUGGAGGCGGAGCUUGGCCAGCUGGAGGUGCGGCGAUCCAGACUGGAAGCCCAGGCAACGUCUGAGGACCACAUUGGCUUCCUCCAGAGUUUUGAGGAGGCGAGUGCCCCCCUACAGGCAGACUCUGACACCCAGGAGUUGGAUGCCGAUGUGUCGCUGCAUUUCUCUCUGGGGGAUGUGAAGGUGGCUCUGGGGGAAUUGAAGAAGAGUAUGGAUGAGAUCCGCAUGGGGGAGGUGCGCUCCCGAAGCUCCCUUACUUCCCUACGGGAGAGCGACAGUAUGAUGAGUGUACAGACACUACGGACCACUAAGAGUCAGUGGUCUCUACGAGAUCUAAAAAAGAUCAAAUCUGGAUCAGGGCUGAAGAAGAUCCAGUCUUAUUUAGAGGAUGUGACGCUAAACCCGGUGACGGCGUACCCCUUCCUCAUCCUCUCUGACGACAGGAAGCAGGUAAAGAGAGGAGAGAAACUGCAGUUCUACAGGAACAGCACACAACGCUUCGACGUCUGGUCUUGCGUGCUGGCCAAAGAGGGCUUCAACUCGGGGCGACACUACUGGGAGGUGAAUGUGGGUGAGAAUAAAGACUGGAAGGUGGGCGUGGUGCGGGAGUCAGCCCAGAGGAAAGGGCUGUUUGACAUGAGCCCUAAUAGUGGUUACUACGCCCUCUGGUGGGGGGGCACCCACCUGCGUGCCCUCACUAUCCCGGCCCUCACCAAGGUUAAGACUUCGGUGCGCCUCCGCAGAGUGGGCAUCUACCUGGACUGUGAGGAGGGUCAGGUGACCUUCUACAAUGUCAAGACUGGCUCGGAGGUGUACAGCUUCAGCGUGGCCGAGUUCUCUGAGAGGAUGUUUCCUCUACUGGGCACUGGGGACAGGGAGGUGCCCCUGGCUCUCAUGAUCACACAGUGUGGCAGCGUGCCCGAGUGAGAGGAUAGUGAGAAUGAAUGGUGAGAUGACAUGAAAGUGUGUGCAUGUAUAGAAAAUGAUGAAAGUGAAAAUGUGUUUUAGGGUGAAUUUGCUUGAGGAUUAAAGUGUGGUUAGCUUGGAUUAGUCAGUGGGAAAGUGAGUGCAAGUUUGAGUGGAUGAUGAACAUAUUGGUGAAAAUAUUUUAGGUUGAAUGUGCUUGAAGAUGAGUGUGAGAUGAGGUAUGUGAGACGGAGGGAGGGGACAAAGAGAAAUGGAGUCGUCUGGGGUGAAAAUAAGAUGGAGAGAAAUCUCAUCUCUACAUUUUGCCUGCAACCUCCAAUUCAGCUGUUGGCAUUGUCCAGUACCCACUGAACAUUUGACUCAUUGCACACACACUGGUUCACAAUGCACUGAAAGGCAGGUGAUGGGGCAAAACACUUGUGUGGCAUCUUGGAAUUACUUCAUGGUCAGGAAUCAGUAUUGAUAUCUGAAAUCACAAUGGUACACUUGUAUUCUAACCCUCUUCGUUGUCACAAUUUUCUAAUAUUUGUGUCAAAAUGGCUUCAGUCUAAGGUUCUUAUUUAUCUUGGUGGAUAGGUCCUGUUGAGGAUAUCUUGUAUUGUUCAAGGUUGUUUCACACUAACUCAGGGUU